UCCUCUCCUCUCUUCCCCUUCCGCUUCCUCGCUUCCGUCCACUCCAAUGGCGUCCCUCCUCUUCGUCCCGCGCCCCACGCCGGGCUCGCGCCCAGCGCCGGCGCCCACGGCGCGGCCCAGGACGGUCUCAAUCAUCACCUGCGGCCCGCGGGACAACCGGGGCCCGCUCCAGCGGGGGCGGUCCCUCUCCACGGAGGCCAUCCUGGGCAUCCAAUCCCUGAAGCGCCUCACCGCCGCGGACCGCUCCCCUGCGGCGGCCUCCGCGGCGGCCGCGUCCGCGCUCGGCCGCCUCCUCAAGGCCGACCUCGUGGCCGCCAUGGCCGAGCUCCAGCGCCAGGGCCACUGGUCCCUCGCCCUCGCCGCGCUCCACGUCGCGCGCGGCGAGCCCUGGUACCGCCCGGACCCGGCGCUCUACGCCACCUUCGUCUCCUCCGCGCCGGCGGCGGCGGCCUCCGGCGGCGACGACGAAGCGGGCGCCGCCGUGGACGCGCUCGUGGAGGCGUUCCUGGAGGAGAAGGCGCGCGGCGGCGGGUUCGUGGACGGGGAGGAGGACGUGUACAAGCUCACCAGGCUGCUGCGCGCGCUGGUGGCGAGGGACAGGGGACGCGCGGCGUGGAAGGUGUACGAGGCGGCGGUCAGGGAGGGAGGCCUCGACGUGGACGAGUACGUGUACAGGGUGAUGGCGAGGGGGAUGAGGAGGCUGGGGCUCGACGAGGAGGCCACGUUGGCGGAGGCGGACCUCGCCGAGUGGGAGGCCACCAUCUCGCCGCCCGCCAGGGACGUGCUCGACGAAAUGCGCGCGAGGGACAAGAGCAAGACGAAAGCCUCCGCGUCGUAGCUUCUGGUGACUUGUGUUUAAAUCAGCUUCAAACUAGUACUGGCGAUUUUUGAUCUAGAAAGAUAAAAGUGUUCUACUACUGUAACUAUGGUGAACUGUUGAGUUGGUGAGAAAUCACACCACCGCUAGGCUGCUUGUUCAGUUUGUCCA